AUGGGAGAUCAGAUUUUACAGGAAAUUGGAACUCCACUCAAGAUUGAUAAUGCUACAGCUAGAUGUGAGGUCGGAUAUUAUGCUAAUGUUUUGGUUGAGGUUGAUUUUUCUCAGCAUACUCCUAGUAAAGUGUGGAUUGGAACCAAAUAUGAAGGCUUCUUUCAGGAUGUGAUGAUUCCAAAUUGUCCAAAAUUUUGUUCAUCAUGUAAGAUUGUUGGACAUUUGAACUCUGAAUGCAAAUUUAAGAAAAAUACAGAACAAGAAAAACCAGUGGAAAGUAUUCCUAAAAAUGAUCAUAGAAGGGAGACACAAGUACCUUUUGAUAUUUAUAAUCCUGUCAUACCUGAAGAUUCGGUAGUAGAUUCAAUUAAAGAUGUUAUUCAAACCAAUUCUUCAAAUGUGGAAACUAUAUCACAAGGCAGCAAAUUCAAUGCUCUAAAAAAUGUACCUCAAGAAGAGAUUCUUGAAGAGGUAAUUAUGGAAACUCCUAAGAUUGUGAAAGUAGUUGAAGCAAAUACCUUGAAUAGUAGUACUGUCAAAUUUAUUAAUGGCACAAAUGGUAAAGUGAAGAGGUUCCAAUACAAGUUACUUCUUGGGAUAAAGUAG